CUGCCAGGUGCUGCCCACCACUCGGCCGGGUCCCCAGGCAGCCCUGUGAGGCGGUGCCUUCUGCUCGUCUUCCGAAAGAGGAGACUGCAGUUCAGAGAGGUGCGUGUGCGGGUCGGGGACCCACAGGGACAGACUGGGGUGCAGGGGUCUGGGCCCCGAGGCACAGUCUCUGGAGAGGCCCCCUGCCCUGCCAGGAAGAGCCUGACUCACAGUCUGGACCUGGCGGGCCUCACUUUGGCCCGGUUCUGAUGAGGACCCCGUGGGGCUGGGCUCCAGGGGUGUGGGGGCUCAGACAGGCCCAGUCUAUCAGAUCGUUAGAAAAGGGAACAGAGGAAGCCAGAGUCCGGCGGGAUGUGUUCGGGCCCGUGUAGUAGGUCGAGCGCCCCACCGGGAGGGUGACUGUGUGCCUGUGACGUGUUGCUUUUGAAACUUCUGUCAAGCUUUGUUUUCGCUUGCAAGCUCUGAUUACAGGCUGUUCACUGAUUUUAAAAAAAAGCAUGCAGUCUCUGUGUCAUGGGCCAGACCUGACCUCGAAGGGCUUGACCUCCAGCUCACGCCGGGCCCCGCCUGCCCUUGAACCCGAGUCUGCAGCUUCCUGCCGCGUGCCCCACUGUGCCCCCGUGCCCCCCUCUGCCCCCCGUGCCCCUCCCACCCCGUUGCUGCGUGCAGCUUGCGCAUCCCUCCUCGGGGCCCUCUGAUCGUGGCUCCCUCCCUGGAGCGCUGGACCAGCAGUGGCACCAGGAACACGCCAGAAACUAGACUCAGAGACACUGCGGGUGGCCACCCGAUGCGCCUGACCCUCUGGCUGGCGCUGAAGAAUGCCCUUCGCUACUUCCCCCCGGACGUCCAGGAGGUGCUGGCCCCUGAGUUCGCCCAGGAGCUGCGGCUUUACGGCCACAUCUACAUGUACCGCUUUUGCCCCGACCUGGAGAUGAGGGCCUACCCGGUGGAGCGAUAUCCCUGCCGGACGAGGGCGGCUGCAGCCAUCAUGCUUAUGAUCAUGAACAACCUGGACCCGGCCGUGGCGCAGUUUCCCCAGGAGCUCGUGACCUACGGAGGAAACGGGCAGGUGUUCAGCAACUGGGCGCAGUUCUGGCUGACAAUGUCUUACUUGGCCCAAAUGACCGAGGAACAGACGCUGGUCAUGUACAGCGGACACCCGCUUGGCCUUUUUCCCAGCAGCCCUGAGGCCCCCAGGCUGGUCAUCACCAACGGGAUGGUCAUUCCCAACUACUCCUCCAGGACAGAGUACGAGAAGCUCUUUGCCAUGGGGGUUACCAUGUACGGCCAGAUGACGGCAGGCAGUUACUGCUACAUCGGCCCCCAGGGCAUCGUCCAUGGCACGGUGCUCACUGUGCUGAAUGCGGGGCGGCGCUACCUAGGGCUCCAGGACCUGGCGGGCAAGGUCUUUGUCACCUCCGGGCUGGGCGGCAUGAGUGGGGCUCAGGCCAAAGCGGCCGUCAUCGUGGGGUGCAUCGGUGUGAUCGCAGAGGUGGAUGGCGCGGCCCUCAUGAAACGCCACAGGCAAGGCUGGCUGAUGGAAGUGACUGACAGCUUGGACCGCUGCAUCGAAAGACUCAGGGAAGCGAGGAAGAGGAAGGAGGUGCUCAGCCUUGGUUACCAUGGCAACGUGGUGGACCUCUGGGAGCGCCUGGUCCACGAACUGGACACGACGGGGGAGCUCCUGGUGGACCUGGGGUCCGACCAGACAUCCUGCCACAACCCGUUCAACGGUGGUUACUACCCUGUGCAGCUGGGCUUCGCAGAGGCCCAGAGCCUCAUGGCUUCUGACCCCACUGCCUUCAAAAGCCUGGUCCAGGAGAGCCUGCGGAGGCACGUGUCAGCCAUCAACAGGCUGGCCCGGGAGCAUUUCUUCUUUUGGGACUAUGGCAACGCCUUCCUCCUGGAGGCCCAGAGAGCCGGGGCCGACGUGGGGAAGCCAGGCGCCAACAGGACAGAGUUCCGCUACCCCUCCUACGUCCAGCACAUCAUGGGGGACAUCUUCUCCCAGGGCUUUGGGCCUUUCCGCUGGGUGUGCACCUCGGGAGACCCCCAGGACCUGGCAGUCACAGAUCAGCUGGCCACGUCUGCGUUGGAGGAGAUUGUUGCUGCUGGAGUGACCCCGGCUGUGAAGCUCCAGUACGUGGACAACAUCCGCUGGAUCCGGGAGGCUGCCAAGCACCAGCUGGUGGUGGGCUCCCAGGCCAGGAUCCUGUACUCGGACCAGAAAGGCCGUGUGGCCAUCGCCGUGGCCUUCAACGAAGCCAUCGCCCGUGGGGAGCUCAAGGCGCCGGUGGUCCUGAGCCGAGACCACCAUGACGUAAGUGGCACCGACAGCCCCUUUCGGGAGACCUCCAACAUUUACGACGGCUCUGCCUUCUGUGCAGACAUGGCUGUGCAGAACUUUGUGGGUGACGCGUUCCGUGGAGCCACCUGGAUCGCUCUGCACAACGGCGGGGGUGUUGGCUGGGGUGAGGUGAUCAACGGGGGCUUUGGCCUCGUGCUGGACGGGACUGAGGAUGCCGAGCAGAAGGCCAGGCGGGUGCUCAGCUGGGACGUCGCCAACGGAGUGAGUGACCGCCAGCACCUCCCAAGGCUCUCCCCUGUGCAGACUGCAGACCCUCCUCCUUCCAGAAAGGUAGCCCGCCGCUGCUGGUCCGGGAGCCCCACGGCCUACGAGGUGAUCUGCCAGACGAUGCGGGAGGACACUGGCAUGGUGGUGACGCUGCCGCACGCCGUGGCGGACGAGCGUCUGCUCCAGGCCCUGCGGCUGUGAGAGGACUGGGCGUCCCGCAGUGCCCUGGCCCCCGGGUCCAGCCCUCACCUCACAUUCCCCGCCCCCUCCACUGCUCGCCGGGCUCCCCUGGGUCCGGAGAUUUGCACAUGGGCGUACGUGGACGCGUGCACACACACAAGCUUGCACGCACACGCACACAAGCAUGCCCUCUCCGUCUCCCCACCCCGGAGGCAGUCACUGCGUCCCCAUUUUACAGACCAGGCAGCGAGGCGGGGCCCUCUGCUCUCACCACGUGGCUCCCCUGGGGACCUGGAGGGCAGUGAGGGUCUCGUUCAGUGCGGGGUGCUCAGGCCUGCCGUGGAGGGGACUCCAGGGGCUGGUGCCCAGAAGCCUGGCUGAGUGGGGCGCUAGCCAGCCCCCGGAGCCGCCUGCAUUCCUCUUCCCCCCAGGCGCAGAGUUCAUUUGGCCAGGUUCUCAUCCAACGUCUAUGGCCCCCCAACCCCUGACUAACUGUCCACACCAGGGACCCACAACUUCGGCUCACAGGCCAGCCUGGCUCUGACCAUGUUCCUUAUUCUUUGUCCUCCCAGUCCUGCUGGGCCCAUGACAGGCUUAAACUGAGAGAGACUUUGGGGAUGGGUCUCCAAGGAGCCCCCAAAAACCUGACCCCCACCCCCCGCCAUGUCUAGUUUCAACCACGCAAUAUGGCCUGUCUCCUCCCCACUGGCCAUUCUGCCUUUGCCUGAGCUAACAAAACCCCAGUGUUGUCUGUGUAGCAAUAUACACAGAAGGAGUAGUUGAUUUUCCAGCCUGCCUAGUAAUCAAGAAUAACCAUUGACCUGGUUCCAGCCCAGCAGACUGUGGAAGUCUGCUGGAUGGGUUUGCUGGGAAAGCUGUAAUAAAAAUGGACUGAUAUGGCUGUA